UUCCUCGCUAUUCCUUUUUACGUGUGAUACCCCUUCGAGCUCGGCUCCACUAUUUAUAUAUUUAUAUUUUAUAAUUAAAACUUCUCGUUUUAGAUAAAAUUUAAAAGAAAAACAAAUUUUGAAGAUAACCUAACAACCUAAAACAAAGUCAAUAACUUAAAGAAAAUAAAAUAAAUUAGGUACAUAACUUACCAUAAAAUACUAAAGACUUUUAGGAAAGAACAAAUCAUUGGAGUCAAUCGCAUCUAAUUGUAACGCUAUAAAAAUGGCAGCAACCAUGCCUAUAAACCCUAAGCCCUUCUUGAAUGGUUUAACAGGAAAACCAGUAAUGGUAAAAUUAAAAUGGGGCCAUGAAUAUAAAGGUUAUCUUGUAUCAGUUGAUGGAUAUAUGAAUGUACAAUUAGCUAAUGCCGAAGAACAUAUAGAUGGUAAUUUAACAGGUAGUUUAGGAGAAGUUUUAAUAAGAUGUAAUAAUGUAAUGUAUAUACGUGGAGUUGAGGAAGAAGAUGAAGAAGGAGAAAUGAAGGAUUAAUAAGUAAAUGUUGAUUACCGAUUUAAUUUUGACAUUUUUAUUUUGUAAUGGAAUAUCCUUCAUAAAAAUUACAUCUUAUAAUGCGUUUUAAUUGAUUCAAUUACCCAAUAAAAUAAAUAAUUACAUACAUUGCAAUUAGAUUUAAUACAUAAAUAAAGUAUAAGAUUAAUUCAAACGAGUAAAUUAUUUUAAGUCUUUCAUAUUUGUUCUAAAAAUAAAAUAUAAGCAUCCUUAGCACCAUUCGGCCAUGACUUUUUUGUAACAUUUUUAUCACUCACACGAUUGUUAUGUUGCAAGAUAUUAGUAUGGUACCUAUAAUUGAUAAUGUAUAUCAGAAAAAUAUAGAUGAGUGUUAAUUUUUAAUAAAUAUAUGAUAAAAAAAAGAAA